AUGACGAAAAUCUAUAAAGCCUCGCUCGCCGAUAUCACCAAUGUGUUGACGGGUGGUUCGCCACCUGCCAAGAAACAAGGAGGUCGUAAGCGUAAAGAGAAUCCUGUCGAGGAACCGCCUGAAGCUACUACUCAGCCUGAGGCGACUAAUGAGCCAGAAACCCCUCAACAACGUCGUAACCGGCUAGCCCGCGAACGCCGUCAAGCCAAGAAAUCGGUUUCUGUCGAGCCCGUUCCCGAACCUGUUACUGAACCCGUUCCUGAGCCGCCUGUGCCUGAACCUCCUGUCGUUGAACAGCCUGUUGAACAGCCCGUGGAACAACCAGCUACCCAGCCCACUGUUGAACAGCCUAAAAAGAAGAAACAGCGUACGGAACGGCCUAGCGGAGCCCCGCCGAAAUGGUUUGUCGAUUCUUACAACAAUAUCAUCAAACAUGUGUUGGACUACAAAGUGGCUACUGAGACCAACGCUCAAUUGGCGCCUACUGUCGCUGCGGCUGCUCAACAGAAAUGGGACGAACAAAAGAAUGAAGUUGCCCCUUUGGAGGAUAAAUUGUUUUCUGAAAUGUUUGGUAGAGCGUUUGGCCGUAGUCACCGUAAACCAGCUAGGAAACUGCUUUGA